CACAUCGUUCGUGUAGGCACAUUUCCUUGGUGUCCCGCCGCGUGGAAAGCGUCGUCUGGAAAAUCGAUUUCCAUCGCAGUUUCGUCACUGCUGCCCCCGCGAGUGGCAGCAACGGUGUUUGAAUUUUCAGUUGAUGCGCGACCUUUCUUACAGUAGAUUUUCGUUACUUUCGUUUCCGGCAGUGUGGGCACGCUUUUCCCCAAAUUCGCUCGCCAUCUCUAUCAGAUACCUGUUUUAGAUUCGAAAAUUUUACUCAAACUUAACUAUGAACGAAGAUGCGGAAAAACAGGAAAGCCAGCUGCCUGAAAUACCAAAAAUAAAAGUUUACAAAACACGAUGGCUCAUAUUGGGUAUUUUUGUUUUGUUCUCAGCUUCCAAUGCCUUACAAUGGAUUCAAUAUUCCAUAAUAACUAGCACAAUAACCAAAUAUUACAAUAUUAGCACGACAUGGGUCGACUGGACUUCCAUGAUAUACAUGGUUUUAUACAUUCCAUUUAUAUUUCCUGGUAGUUAUAUACUGGAAAAGUUGGGACUCAGAAAUUCAAUAAUAAUAGGAGUCGUGGGCAACUGUGUGGGAUCAUGGAUUAAAGUGGCGUCUGUGGACCCAUCCAGAUUUUGGGUCGGCUUCAUUGGACAGAGCAUCGUUGCUUUGUCUCAAGUAUUCGUUCUGUCUGUUCCUGCAAGACUUGCUGCAGUAUGGUUUGGACCUUCGCAAGUUUCUUCCGCUUGCAGCAUAGGAGUGUUUGGAAACCAGCUUGGCAUUGCUGUUGGAUUUGUUCUUCCCACAAUGAUGGUCAAUACUGACAUAGACACACCACAGGACGUAAUAACAAAUGAUUUAUUCAGAAUGUUUCUUUGGGUAGCCAUUUUCAUUACAGUCCUGCUCCUCUUAGUUUUAAUAUUUUUCAAAGAUGCACCACCUACGCCUCCCAGUUACGCUCAAGCCCAACAGGACGAGCCUGUGGAUUUCGUCAAAUCCUUGAAGAAUUUAUGUCUCAACAAAUCUUACAUUUUCCUUAUGUUGGCUUACGGGAUCAAUGUUGGCAUUUUCUAUGCCAUCUCGACGUUGCUGCAGCAGAUAGUCUUAGAAUAUUAUCCGGGAGGCGAGAAAGAUGCAGGAAGAAUCGGUCUGGUCAUAGUUUUGGCUGGUAUGGUAGGAUCUGUAUGUUGUGGAGUUGUUUUGGAUAGAUUCCACCGAUUUAAAGAGACAACAUUGGCAGUAUAUGCCUUUUCAUUGAUUGGAAUGGUACUUUAUACUUUCACAUUGUCUGAAGGCAUCAUUAUCGUUUAUAUUGUGUCAGGAGUUUUGGGCUUCUUCAUGACCGGUCUUCUUCCUGUUGGCUUCGAACUGGCCGCCGAGCUCACAUACCCAGAACCAGAAGGAACUUCAUCAGGUUUGCUCAAUGCCGCUUCCCAGGUGUUCGGGGUAGCAUUUACGAGUAUUUACUCGGAAUUGCUGUACAAAGUAGGUGAUACGUGGGCGAAUGCUACGAUGUGCAUUAUGUUAUUAGUUGGCACCAUUUUAACCGCACUUAUCAGCAAAGAUAUGAGAAGACAAGCUGCUCAAUCUGCAAAAUAAUUUGUUUCUAGGUUGAUUAGUAUCGGACGGUCUUGUUUGUCAGUAUUGCUAGGGACGUAAUAUUACUGUUUAGUUUUUGCUAGUCGAAUUUUUUAAAGAUUUAUCUUUAAGUUAGAGUUAAGAAAAUAUAUAAAUGCUCUUACCUCAUCUUUUAAAUGAUGACAAUACCACUUUAAGUUCUCAAGUAUUCUAUGUGUGAUUAAUGUUGAAGUGUGCCAAAUGUAUCUGGUCAAUCAGGGAAUUCAUUUUUGUUCCAUAUGACAAAUAUAUUUAAUGAAUAAUGUCUCCACAUAUAAUAGUAAAUAUUUAAUAUAUUUCAAAUCCUAUUAAGACGUAGUAAAAUCACAUUUAUCACAAAAUAAUUAUAAAUAGUAAAUAAUUCAUUAAAUUUAUUUUUUAAGGAUUAUUCUAUUCCCUGCAUUUAGUACACAACCAAAGUGAGAAAGAUAAUUUAUAUCAAAUCGAACAUAUGUACCUAGUGAUUUUAUGUGAUUUGAAUAGUGUGAUUAGGAAUUAGUAUAUUUAUAACUAACAGUGUUAAAUUCAUUGUACACAAUAUGACAAUAAAUUGUUAGAGUAGUUCCAAGUUCAGACAAUAAUGUAGUAUGUAGGUUGUAUUGAUGAAUGUUUAUUUAUAAAUGGUACAAUACACAUGAUAUUAUAAUCGUUGAAACAUAUUAUAGUUGUAAAUUGCAUCACAUUAAAAUUAUAAAAAAAGACAAAAAAAUAUUUACGGACAAAAUUAAUAACUACAUAAAGUAUAUUGUUAUCUUAAUAAUUAAAUUGUUAGUAUAUUCAUCUAAAGAUCAAAUAUUUAGGCCUAUCCUAAGGCACUAUUAUUAUUUAUCAUUAAUAUGAAACAUCAGUCAAGAAUUAUUCUAAUAUUUGAUCUCUAAAUUUAUAUAUUUGUAAUUUGAUAUCUCAUACCUAUAUAUUUCAAAAUAUAGACAAUAACACCUUUAAAAUUUAAUUAAUAUUUUUGGAAACAUAUAUUUUAACAGUAAUGUAUCAAUUCCUAAAAUAUACACAAAAUUUACACGUUAUCUAAUAUAUCUGUAGGUAAAUAUAUUUAUCAAGAUUGUUGUAUUAGUAUUGUUGUGUGCCAAUCAAUUUUCUGUUAACUCAAAUUAUAUAAAAAAAUAUAAAUGCUAUCAGAAAAUUGAUUGGACAAACUUUUCAAAUACAUAUAUACAUAUUACUUAAAUGUGAUAUAUACACAAAAUACAAUUUAUUUAAAUGUUGUUUGUUAUGCAACUCAAUAUCCGCUGCUGUCUUGAUGUUGCAUAGUUUCAUGUUGCCUACUCUUUGGAAAAUAUAACUGUUGAUAUUUACUAUAUUGCUUUAAAUGUGAUAUUUGAUGUUGAUAAUAGACAAUCACAUAUUUUAACAGCGUGUUAAAAACCGUUUUAAAAAUUGUGAAGAAAUAUUAAAUUUAAGGAGAUAUUAA